AUGAUGUGUAUUCCGUUUAGGUAUAUAAACUGUGACGAAGAUGGUGGGAAAGUGGUUCAAGUGUUGAUGAUCAGCUCAUCUAGUGGACCGGGACUUUUGUUUCCCAAGGGAGGAUGGGAGAAUGAUGAGACAGUGAAAGAGGCUGCAGUAAGGGAAGCAGUGGAAGAAGCAGGAGUCCGUGGGGUUUUAAUGGAUUUCCUUGGAGAUUAUGAGUUCAAGAGCAAAACGCACCAAGAUGAGUGUAGCCCAGAAGGUUUAUGUAAAGCGGCAAUGUACGCCUUGUACGUGAAGGAAGAGCUAGAGACGUGGCCGGAGCAGAAGACGAGAACAAGGACAUGGCUGACAAUUGAAGAAGCCGUGGAGAGUUGCAGGCACGCGUGGAUGAAGGAUGCGUUGGUUGAAGGAUUCUGUAAAUGGCAUAAGGAGAAGAUGGGCAAAGGAGAGGAGAUAGCAGAUGAUGAUUGA